CAGCGCUUUCUUAUCACCUUGGAUUAUGCUGCUAUUUAUACUGCCUAAGACAUAUCACUUUGGUUAUUUCAUGAUAUGGUUGAAUAACGCUAUGGACUGUGUGACCAUAUAGUUAACUUUAGUUAUAUCGUGAUAUCGAAUGAAGUUAUAGUUCCAUGCGAUACAUGGUCUGUUCAUAUGAAGCUGAUUUUAUGCAAAGUGUGUGACCACAACUCUAGUUAUUUUUGUUCUAUAGUUAUAUAGUGCGUGUGUGGGUGAUGGUUUGUUUCGGCGGGCCUGAGUUAGUCUGACUGGCCCCUGGGCUGGAUAGCGCUGUAUACACCUGUUGUGUAUUUAUUCAUCAGGGCACACAGGUUAUACCGGCCUUCACCGCACACACGCGCCACAAGACGGAGGGCGUUUGUGUGGUCUGUGGUGUGUGGUGUGUGGCGAGUGUGUUGUGUGUGGGGCGUAUUUAGUAACACCUGCUCUGAAUGCAAAAUCCUAGCAAUGUACCAAUAAACUGGCUUCAUGCAUGACAUCUACCCUUGUCUUUUUCGUCAGGGUAGCCCAUCAAUGCCAAACAGGUGGCAGGGUGUAGGCCUACUGCCACCCCUAUCUAGUCACUGCGGGAGAAUUAUACUGCUAUAUACUAUACUACAACUACACUCUUUAGAAGAAUGGAAAGAAGCAUACACACACGUGCACGCAUUUGAAAACGCACACAGACCGGGUGGGAGGGUUUGUUGCGGUAGACCAGGGAUGUCAUGUCACAUUGCAGUUGUGUAGGCUACUGCUGUGGCAGGUUUGUCUCAAGAUCUGUAGAGAUUCUGGGUGACACCGUCUAUUUACUAUUUGACUAUUUAGACAUUGAGCAGACUUGCAGUGAGUUCAUCAAGUAGAAGGUUGUGGAUAGGGCCUAUUGGACUAAGGGCAUCAAGAAUGCAUGCAGUUGGACUGCAGACAUUGGGGGUUCAAAACCCGGAGCAAACAAUCCCAAACAACCUAACCACAAGAAAAUGUCAUUGGAGUGUCCGCCUCUCUGAAAAGAGAAUGUACAGCUUUAAUUACCGUAAUUGAAUUAGGGUGGCCUGCUUUAGCCUGCUUGAUCCCACUCCCACACAGCUUCGCAAUCUGCUUUAACCUUCAAGCGAAUUGUAGUGUAUAACUUGUAAUGGGCGGAGCAAACAACUGAUCACUCUUCAGUCUCAUAGGUAAUCAUUGGCAAAAAAAACUGGUUAAACCAACAUUGUUUAAUGGGUAGCCUGUCCAGGCUUAUCAGUCAUGUGGUGCUACAGGACCCGUUUAUAUUUGACUAAAAUAUCUUGGCUAAUCUGUCGCGGUUAGCGGUUGGCAGGCAGGACCCAAUCGCAGACAGUUCAGAUGGAUCACUUAGGGUUCAAACCCCUGUCCAGGGUGGCCGUCUGCGGUGGCACCCAUGGCAAUGAGAUGAGUGGGGUGUACCUCUUGAAGGAGCUGCAGGUGUCCCAGCCGGAGAGGGUCAGGUCGUUCUCGCUGAGCACCCUGCUGGUGAACCCGCGGGCCGUGGACGCGUGCAGGAGAUACACAGAGAAGGACAUGAACCGCUGCUUCACCGACGCCCUGCUCAGUGCCCCGACAACGGCGACCACCCCGUACGAGGUGACGCGGGCCCAGGAGGUGAACGGCCAGCUUGGGCCGAAGGGCAGCGAGAAGGCCGUAGAUCUGAUCUGUGAUCUGCACAACACCACCGCCAACAUGGGCCUCUGCAUCAUAACUCACGUCUCCGAUUGGCUAGGCCUGCACCUCUUCAAGUACUUGCAGGAGAAAAUAACAUCAGCCCCCGUGAGGUUAAUUGUAUUAAAGAGCCCCUUCUCAGAGGUGUACUCCUUGGAAUCCGUGAGCAAACAUGGCUUCACGUUAGAGGUGGGACCCCAGCCUCAAGGGGUCCUACGGGCCGACAUCUACAACCUGAUGAGAGAGGGGGUGAACCGUGCCCUGGAGUGGGUUGAGAGUUUCAACUCUGGGACUGUGUUUGAAGGGGGCGAGGUUGAAGCAUACUUUGACGUGGAUACGAAAGACUAUCCCAGAGAUCCCAAGACCCAAGAGCUGACUGCUGCCAUCCAUCCCCAACUACAGGACAACGACUUCUGCCUGCUGAAGCCCGGAGACCCGGCGUUCGUGUCCCUCUCUGGCGAGACCAUCUGCUACGAGGGAGAAGCGCUGUACCCUUUCUUCGUGAACGAAGGAGCCUACUAUGAGCAGAACACAGCCUUCAAGCUGGCGCAGAGGGAGACCCUGCUCUUACCGGCCAUCAGUGUGAAGAAGCCACAAUAACAGAGAACUUUAAAACAACAACUGAUUGAUGGGGAGACUAUUCAUCUAUAUAAUCAUAUAUAUUUAUACAAAUAUAAUAGAUUUGAAUAAUCAUAGAUUUUUAUAACAAUAUGUCUUAAUUAUAAUGAGAAUUAAAAUAAGGUUUAUUUAGGAGAGAAACUCGUAGAAGCGAGGGCCAAUGUGUUCAGUAAUCUCUGAACUACUAGAACCCCAAGGAGUGGCUCCUCUUCCACGGAGCCCAACAUGUUGCACCGCCUUGAUUCUACAGAAGCCCACAGCGGAUCAAGAGAGAACCGUCUGUUCUUUUCUACUGUUUAUCUAAAUACAGCAUAUACAGGUAUCUACGGACCUCUACUGCUUAGUAUCUCCACUAUAUAUCUGUAUAGAUAUACAGAUAUAUAGAUGGAUAGAUUAGCAACCUUAAUGCUAGAUGCCACUCAAUCCUAGACACUGCACCUUUUAAAGAGAUGUUUUAAGAAACAAUAUUGCUCAUUGUCAAAAGGUUUCACACAAUGAAUUGUAUUCUUUAACUUCUUUAUUUUUUAAAUUUGUUAUAAAUGAACUAUUUCUGAAGAGAAACAACAGAGUACCAUUGGUCUUUCUGCUACAUUAGAUUGAGUCAAGCAAGUCAACAAUAGGGGUUGGUUUACACAGCUGCAAGCAAGUAGGAUUUGGCCAGAUAUAGGGUUCACUAAAGGGACCUUAUGCACAACCCUAGUAAAAUGCAAUAGUCGUGUGAUACAAUAACGUCCCCAUUUGAUUCCAUGGGAUUGGAACUCCUACCUUCAUUUAUUACACCUUUGUUGUAUCCUCCACAAAAUACUGUGUAAGAAAAGGACCAACACAGACCCUUUCAUGCAAAGCUUAUAAAGGAAAGUAAUAAAACAGUGAAAGUGAAUAGAAUAACUACAAAGGAAGUGACAUUAAAGUACCCUGUACAAAGGAAUAAAUAGUAUGGUCAAAUCAGACUAGUAGGUGUGG